UUGUUGAUGUCGUUGCAUUGGUGUUGUCAUUGGUGUCGUCAUGUCAUUGUUGGUGUUAUGUUGUCAGUAGUUAAAGCAUCUUGGUGGAUUCUUGAUGAACGAGUAUCUUUGCUUGUCGUUGGUGUUGUAGGCUUUUGGUAG